AUGUCAGCAUCCAGUUCUGGUGCUCAAGCUAUCUGCCCAUGGGCGUUCAUGGGAUUCCUUGACUCGACUACUCCUCCGUCCACAGCUCCUCCUCCGCCCAAGGCGAAAACUUUCGCAUCAAUUGUUUCAGAUUCAAUUGAAUCAUCGGUGUCUCUUACCCAACUACCUGCACCGAUUGUUCGCGGAGAUAAAACAUACAUUAAGAUCAAUGAGGCUCUUUAUCAGGAGCAAUUGAAAAGUUUCAAAACCAACCUCCUUGGUCGUCUACUACUCCGUAAAGGCUCUGCACCUUUGAAGACUGCUGAUCUCAAGGGUAUGCUUAACACUCUGUGGAAGCCCUCAGCUCCAUGGCGUCUUGUUCCGCUGGGGAAAGGAUACUUCGACAUUCACUUUGCAAUAGAGGAUGAUUUGCGAAGAGUUUGGGGAGGGGGUACAUGCACCCUUGCUACUGGUAUUUUCAGAUUGGCUCAAUGGAAGCCAGAUUUUGUGCCGGGAGACGUUCUUCCACAGACCCAUGCUCAACAUCUAAUGGAGCAUGCUCAUGGAGUGGGCACUCCAUUGCAAUUAGACCGGGCUACGAAGGAGCGUGAGUUUGGCUAUUAUGCCAGAAUUUUAGUAGAUGUGGAUCUUGCCAGGGAAUUACCAUCUUCGUUGAUGAUCGAGCGUGAAAAUCAUUGUUUUCCCAUUGAAGUGGUCUAUGAAAAUUUGUGCACCCAUUGUGGUUUGGUUGGCCAUACUACUGAUCGUUGUAAGCAACUAAACGACAAGGAACAAAGGAACAAGAAACAGCGUGAGAAGCCUUCUCAGCCUUUGACUAUUGUAGUGCGUCAAGAGUACAAGGUAAAGCGUAAUGUGGUCACUUCUGAUAUUAGGCAUGAUAUGCAUAUGGUCUAUGCUUCUCCACCAAAUAUGACUAAUGAAAUUGUUACAAAGGAUCAACAUGCUGCUCCAACUCUGACAGUUGAUGACGACUCUCCUAAGGUCUAA